AUGAAGGCAAGCGUGGCUCUUGCGUUGUUAGCGGGAACCUGCGGAGUGGUCGUGAAUUCAGUGACCGGUCAAGACAACGAUUACUCCUGGUACGAUUCGAGCGGCGACGGGAGCGAUGACUACCACGAAAACGACUACUUCCCCGCGUAUGUUGGUAAUUUCCUCUCCGGAAGGACCCAUGGCGACGCGAGGCCUUUAUCGCCAUCCUAUUCUCCCGCCGGCACAACCAGACCCGCGCUCACGUCCCUGCACACGAUACAUUCCUACCCUCCUUCAGGCGGGUCUCCAGCUCCCUGGUUCCCGCCGCCCCAACUUCCAAGCGACUCCCUCAUGCCUGUCCGGACACCGGGUGCCGGGCCAGGACCCAUUCCUCCACCGACGACAACAAUACAGUCAUUAUUAUCUGCUUUCUCAUCGUCAGUGCUCCCUCAGAGACGGUCUUCCUCUCUGCCCCUUCCCCAUCAAGUUCUCAACAGGAGGGAUCAGGGGAAACAAAUUGGCUCUCGAAGUGAUGUUAUCAGUUCGAACGAACUUGGCUCAGGGGUCUCUAGUGGUUUAGAGGGAAACUUACUCACUGGGGUUGAUGGUAGAGAGAGAGCCGGGGUUUUAGAAUCUAAAAUUUGGGGCUUCGGUAGGCAGGAAAGCUUUAGUGAGGAAGAUUUGAGGCCUGAACUGUCUACGAGGGAUGAGACCGAAUUUGAAGUACAAUCCGGGAAUGAAGAUGGCGAUUAUUUUUACGAGGAAGAUAACUUUAUUGGAGAGUCGACUGAAGCCAUCGAUGACGAAAUUAAUAUUUAUGAAGACGUUAUAGAGGAAAAUGAUAUUAUCCUCGUGAACCGUCAGCUUGAGGUACCAUACGGAAGAGUCAGGUACUUGGACUCUGAGAAUGACCUGAAAAUAAAGGUUUUGCCAGGUCAUCGUUGCCAAGUAAUGGUGAUUAAUAACGAACCUCUGACUCAGCGGCCUGGUAAACUCACGCCAUCAAAUUUUACCUGCAACUUUGGCCUGAACGAAGUCCAGUACACGCACCUGGGCGGUCGACACCUGUCGGAGGACACAGUCAAACUGCUGCUGCGGUACGACACCCACCGAGACACCUUCAUCGUCCCCUUCACCCUCUCCACAAGAAUUCUGUACGACAUGCAGCUGGAGGUGGUGAUCAAGCUGGUGCCUCUCAACGUAGACAAGCUCUUGGGCAUCAGCAACCAGAUCGACAGAGGCAACAUCGUCCUUGCCUUCGACGACUCCCGCCACGAGUGCAAGAUCACGCUCCUUCAGAAGUCCUUGGGCUUGCCCAGGUAUGGUACUGUAGUUUCUGACACGGGCAACAUUUUUACAGAUUACAUGCAUACCUGCUAUAAGUUUCUAGAGUCAGGAAUUAGGUAUCAACAUACUGUGGAAUCCUCUACCAAAUUAGACUACAUCCCAGCCAAGGUGGAGCUGUAUGAUAAAAACUCCAUGAUGCUACUCAAGCAGGAGUACUUCCAGUUCCCAGUUCGCAUCCACCCCGGGAGAGAUAAUACACCGCCAAGCGUGUCUUUUGAGAGUCUGCUCCUUUUGGAUGUAAACCAGUUUGUUAUGACGGCGCUGACGAGGUUAGUGGUGACGGCGGUGGACAGGGAAACCCCGGCAGAGCGACUAAUAUUCAACGUGACCAAACCGUUGCGUCGCGGGGAGGGUACGCUAGUCAGCACUGCUGACCAGAACGUGCCCGUCGCCUCAUUCCUCCAGAGAGAUGUCACAAACUUGAAGAUCGCGUACAAACCGCCGGCUGAGGACUCCAACUCCAAACGAGUUUUCGAAGUCGAGUUGGAAAUUCUUGACGAUGAGGGCCUGUCCUCACCGCCAUUUAAAGUUAUGAUCGUUGUGAACCCGAAGAUGACCAUGGCGCCUAUCGCCACCAAGAACGAUGGAUUAGAGCUGCUCGAGGGACAGUCUCGGAGCCUUAGUUCAGCAAGGAACCUUGAAAUCGCCGACGAGGACAACUUAGCAGACGUGACGCUAACGAUCAUAGGUGGUUUGCAGCAUGGGCAGCUACUGCUGAUGGGCGCUCAAACCAAGAUCUUUUCUCCAGCUGACCUUGACACGGGGGCAGUGGUGUACCAACACGACCACACCGACACCUACACUGACAACCUCCUCCUGAGGAUGAGUGACACCCAGCACGAAGUGGAGUUCCUCUUCCCCAUCACCAUCUUUCCCGAGGAUGAUGAACCACCUAUUGCCCACGUCAAUACUGGGCUCGAGGUGAGGAAAAACGAGGAAGUGGUGGUCACGCCCUUCCAACUGAGCGCCACAGACAUCGACAGUGAUGACGCCAACAUUACUUUCAUCCUCCAGGAACCUAAGCCAAGGCUGGGAAUGCUGGUCCUUCGUCGUCCCUCGCUCCCGCCCAACCCAGAGCGCUGGCAGUACGUCAAUAAUCAGUACGAGAAGUCGGCGAUGGUGUGGACACAGAGGGAUAUAACUGACGGUUUCGUGCACUAUGUCCAUCGCGGGGCUCAGCAGUGGGCUCCAGUGAUAGACAGGGUAUACUUCAAACUCAGUGACAACAGCGAGCCCCCAAAUGAGUCCGAAACUAUGGAAAUAACCGUCAAAAUCCUGCCAGUGGAUGAUACACCUCCCGAGUUAAGCAGUGGUUGCUCACUGUCACUCAUGGUUCACGAACACGAGCUCACGCCGCUCACGAAAGAGAAUCUAUGCUACACUGACCUGGACUCCAAGAACACUUCCUUGAUAUAUCGAAUCCAGCCUCUACAUAAUGUCGAUGUAAAUGACCCAAUGUCUCCAGGAAGCCUCGUUCUGGCGGAGUCCCCAGAGACAAUCGUUGAAUCAUUUACUCAAGCUCAGAUCAACCAUCAUAAAAUUUCCUUCAAACCACCGGAUCAAGAAAUUGGAAUCGUUCCAAGAAUCAUCCAGUUCAGGUUUCAAGUGGAGGAUGAGAACAGGAAUCACCUUUCUGGACAGACAUUCACCAUUUUCUUGACACCUGUUGACAACCAGCCGCCGGAGGUGGUCAACAGAGGGCUGCAGCAGGUGCAGGAGAGGAGCGAAGUGAUCAUCACCAGGCAGCACCUGGACGUCUCUGACCCAGACACAGAUGUGGACAACUUGGUGUUUAAAGUAACACAACUGCCCAGUCACGGGAGCCUCUUGUACAGCACCCUCGCCCUGGCCACAGGAAAUGAGUUCACCCGAAGAGACAUCAUCAACAAGUUCAUCCGGUACGUUAACAAUGGCAAAGAUGAGAUGGAUCAAGAUAGCUUCAACUUGGAGGUGACAGAUGGGGUUCACACUAUGCCCAUCAUCUUCUUUAUCCAGAUCGAACCUAUCGACGACGAGCCGCCUCAGCUGCUGGAACAGGAGUCCAACGCCGUAGGCGCCAUGGUCAGGGUUCUGGAGGGUAAAGAGGCAUUCAUCUCCACCAAUGUUCUCAGGGCCACCGACCCAGAUUCAGAUUCAAUCCGACUCACGUUCAUUGUCCAGGAAGCACCUAUUUAUGGAAGAAUCCUGCUCGAUGGAGUUCCUACUUCGAGCUUCACACAAAUGUCAAUAGAAAGAAAGGAAGUAACAUACAAGCAUGAUGGCGGCGAGAUUGGAAAGUCGUCAAUCACUGAUAACUUCACCCUUAUUCUCUCUGACAUGUCUGAUGAGUACAUAUAUGGCGGCAACAGACUCGAGCGGGUCAUGGUCAACAUAACCAUCGAGCCAGUCGACAACAUUGCUCCCCAAGUGUUUAUAAACUCGGCCAUCACCGUCGACGAGUCAUCCAAGACACCCAUAACAUCCCAGCACAUCAAUGUGAGCGACUCCGACACCGAAGACACGAAGCUAACUUGCGUCAUCACCCAUCAGCCGAGGAACGGCUAUGUGGAAAACACGUCCCCCAGCCCAGGUCAUCAGAGGUCGAGGAAGGGCAUACCCGUCACGUCCUUCAGCCUGAGCGACGUCAUGUUAGGUUAUCUUAACUACGUUCAGAGUGUUUACAUCAAGGUGGAGCCCAGGGAGGAUCAACUCGUCUUCCACUGUACGGACGGUGUCAACAGGUCCCCUGAUGUGACUCUACACAUUUAUAUUGAACCUUACAAUGAUGAAAUACCAGAAUUAUUUAUAAAGGAAUUCAUUGUAAUGGAAGGGAUGGAUCUGAUCCUCGAACCUCCAGUUAUUGAAGCUACUGACGGAGAUUACCCAAAGGAACAACUCACUUUCACGGUGUCUAGGAAGCCUAAAUACGGUAGGCUGUUGCAACAUGGUCCAUCUGGGUUUAAGGUUAUCGAUCAGUUUACCAUGGGAGACCUGAACACCUCAUCCAAGAUUAUGUACAACCAUGACGACAGCGAGACCACAGAAGAUAACUUUGAACUGCAGCUGACGGACGGGGACCCGGAGCAUCAAGUGAAGAAGGAUAUCAAAGUCAAGAUUCUCCCAGUAAACGACGAAGCACCCAGACUCGCCGUCAACACCCUCCUCGAGGUUGACAUCCAAGAGGCAACCAUAAUCACCAACAAGGAGCUGAUGGCUAAAGACCUGGAUUCACAUGAUCAAAACAUCACCUACAUCAUCCGCACGGCUCCCAGAUUCGGAGUAAUCGAGUUUUUGGAACAUAAAACUCUAGUACGCUUACUGGACCUCACUUCCGGGAUGACUUUCACCCAGAAAAACAUUGACGACGGCGUGAUCCAGUACAGACACACUGGAAUUCCUGGAGUGAGGGACGCUCUCAAGUUCGACCUGUCGGAUGGCAAAAACACGAACUCUGACAGAAUCUUCUAUAUCAAUAUUAAGGGUGAGGAUAACACGUAUCCAGACGUUGUUAACAAAGGUGUUGAGCUCCCCGAGGGAGGGAGAGUGGCCUUGACAACAGAAAUUCUCAGCACGAGUGACCUCAACAGCCCAGAUGAACUUCUGAAAUUCACUAUUACCAGAAUGCCUUCCAAGGGACACCUGGAGGCGACGAACACGCCAGGUAUCCCACUCAUCAGCUUCACACAGCUUCAGCUCGCAGGAAACAAAGUCUUCUAUAUCCACGACUCCACAGAUGAGGUGAAGAUGGACUCCUUUGAGUUUGUGGUCACAGACGGCUUCAACUCUGUCUUCAGGACCUUCCGAAUUUCCAUUAGCGACGUUGACAACAAGAAACCGGUGCUAUUCGUUGGAGAGCUGAAAGUUCAGGAAGGGGGUUCGAAGAUCAUCACGCCCUUCGAGCUUAAGCUGGAGGACCGAGACACGGCACCCAGUCUCUUGAGGUUCACAGUGACACGCAUCCCUCUGCAUGGCAAGCUCCUCUUCAACACCACGAGCGUCACUCGCCAGUUUACCAUGUCCGACCUGGAGGCUAACCUUAUUACGUACCACCACGACGGGUCGGAAACGUCGUCCGACCAGAUUCAUUUCAUCGCCACCGACGGCACUCACGCCGACUUCUACGUGUAUCCGAACACCGACCGUGUCACCCGCAAACCCCAGCGGCUUCCCGUAAGGGUGCAGCCAGUGGACAAUGGCGUUCCUCAACUUGUCGUGAAUGAAGGCGCCUCGUUCCUCGCGCCAAUGGGCGAAGACGGAGAAGGGCCGUUGGGGUUUGUGUUGUCUCAUCGCGUACUGGCGGUGGAGGACCGGGACACCCCACCGGAAGCGCUGACGUACCGGGUCGAGGUGCUGCCCCGGUGCGGCCAACUGGUGACCGCAGACCUUCACAACGUCUCUAUCACUUCCUUUACGCAAGCAAGAGAUGGGAGAAUUGUAAGCAGCGCUUUGGAAGCAGAAGUUGUCAACAUUGAGGUCGGCGUCCGCAUGCAGAUGUCACCAGAUGGUCCCGCCCAGCGCCUCCCGCUGGGCCUCCUUGUUCACCUCAACAACCUUCUAAAUUGUGUAAAUGAACUGGCGUUGUGUCGUCCUACAGCAGAUGUGAACGAGCAAGACGUCGUAUACCGCCUCGGAGACGACGCCGUCUGCGACACAAGCGACUCCUUCAGCUUCUCCGUCGUCGACAGAGGAGGGAACCGCCUGGAGCUGCAGGAGUUCCGGCUGGAGUGGUCAUGGGUCAGCCUGGCCAGCGCUGCCUACCACGUCCACGAGACCUCCUCCCACCUCCUGGUCACUCUCCGGAGGCGAGGUUACCUGGGUCACACCUCCUUCAUUACCAUGGAGCUGGGGAACGAGACGGCCAGCGUGACAGAGGACCUCCACCGUUCCUACGCCCGCCAGGUACAGUUCAACCCGGGUCAGACGUCAGCCGAGUGGCGGGUGAGAGUAGUGGACGACGGAGUGUUCGAGGGCGCGGAAACCCUCACCCUCACCUUGCGGCGCCCCGUCAUGACCGCCCUCGAAUUUCCCUUCCGCGCCUUCGUCACCAUCAGCGACGACGAGGACGCGAGCCGUGUGGAGUUCGACGUCGAGGAGUACAAGGUCGAGGAGGACGUCGGGGAGGUGGAGGUGCUCCUCGUGCGACACGGGGACGCUUCUCGUGAACUGGUCGUUACCUGCACCACACACACCUCGUCUCGCCCAGGCUCGUUAUGA